AUUUCUGGGCCUGAUUUGUAGUUUUAAAAGAAAUUAUAUGGUGUGUGUACUUAAAAGGUGAUGUUUAAAAUCAGUGUCAUUUUUAACACACUUAUCUGUGCAUAUAUGGUUUAAUAAUACAGUUGACUAACAGAAAUGGUCCAUGGCAGGGCAGUAGAUAGGGUAUCCGGGUCCCGGUGCAGGUUGUUGCUGUGGGGUCCCCCUUGGUUGAAAUCGCCCCUCCCCCUCCCCCCUCUUGAAAGCUGGGGGCCUAGAAUCUAGAAUCAUCACCACCCUUCGACCCUCUAGGGACAGACCUGGUCUGGUGUGUACUCUGGCCUUUUUAAUGUGGUUUACACAAUGGGUUGCUCUGCACCCUGGAGAGAAUAUCCUGUUUGUCCUCCCUUUCCCUCCACCAGGAAGGCAUCUGUUUGUAGUCAGACCCUUUAUCUUGUCAACCACUCUAAAAGAUGGGGUAUUUCAAUAUUUUACAUUGACAAAUUAUUUUUAAGAUCCGUUAUUUAAGCAGCUAUAGAUGUAUUGUAUUUCUCCUGUCUGCUAAGCCCUAAAUAUAGAGCCUCGUCAGUAAUUUAUAUGAUCCUGUGCACCUUGAUUGAAGAGGAUCAUUUUGCGGUGUCCCUUUAUUGGAAGCGAAUUCCCCCUGCCAAACUCAUUUGAUCAAAGAGAGCACUAAAUAUGCGAGCUGUCAUUAUUGGGAGUAUUGUUACGUUCCCCUGCAGUUGUUGUAAACUGUGAAAAUGUCAAACUUCUAGACUCUCUGUCGCCAUCCUGGCUUGCGUCAUUAACUGGACAAGUCACUCUACGCACACAAUCGAAGUGUAUCCAUCCGCGCCGAGGAGCGCAGGAGAAGUAGGGCUAUCGAUAACGUGCUGGCGCUCCGCCAAUCUGCCACUAAAUUUGUUUUGAUUUUCACUAUGCGAGCUUCUGCUACUUUCUACUUUAACUUUAUUAAUCAUCUGCUUCCAAGUUCUAAACAUAUAGCAGGUAAAUGUUUAGAGAGAAUAGGGCAUUUUUAAAUGAACACCUGUUUUUUUCCCCACAUUAAAUUAUUAAAUAAAUAGAAAAUGUCUCGUUUUAAUCACAAUGUCCCAUGUUAGCGUUGAAAAGAACAGGUUUCGAGUUAUGGGGGGUUAACCCAAAACAAUUAAAUUUACGUAUUUUUAACGUACACAAACAACGUUUCAGUCGCCAUUAAACGGUCGUGCUAGAAGUUAUUGAGAAGGCGCUCGUGAUCAGAAGUUGCGUUGCCUGUAACCAUAGCAACAUUAGCUUCUCGAGCGUUUCCAUUGGGAUCGAUAUCCGACGGUGCAUCGACAAAACGUACUACUGUCACUAUUUAUCACCAAUGUUGAUAUAAAAACAUUAUAGUAAUAUUUGUUUGAAGCUUUUUUUGAAGAUAAACCGCUCGAAUUCCUUCCUCCCAAAUUCCUUUGAAACGUCGACCGCUUGAAAGUCACAAAAUAAUCGCACACGAAGAAUAACUGAAAUGAAAGUCAUGAAAACUACUUUGAGAUAAUCACUUUCACUUUACAACUUUGGCCAAAAAGGUGCAUCACUUCCUGUGAAAGGAAAAAACAGCUGUCCGCGCUUGUCAUCUGUCCCUGAAAACAAAUUAAAAGUGAAACACUGCUGCCCACAAUGACCUGCUUUCCCUCAAUAAUAGGCCUGAGAGUGAGUCUCUGGCUGCUCUUUUGAAUGGGAUGAUCCCUCUGUGUGUCUGACGUCCUGGGAGAGUUCCAGGAGCUGCGGAUGAAUUCCGCACGAAGGCGCUGAGGCUCCAGUCAGACUGACGCCGCGGCUCUCGCUCCAUCCAAACACACGCGCUGUACACCUCCAGUCGGCGCGAGAUUCAGCAUUCGGCUAUUUUGCGGAAUUUCCCGACUACGCGGAUUGUUAUUGUCACAAGAAUAAGAUCCAAACUGUUGACAGCCUGACGAAAACAUCCCUGUCAGGGGGUUUAUUUUACACCCGUCUGUAUCCUGGCUGUAAAGAAAUAAACUGAGGCUCCUGGGUUGAAGUGAUUUAAGACAGAUCUGCCUUGCGUGCCCCAAACUUUGAGAAAAAAUCCAGUCCCCAGUGUCGCCCCAUCCCACGAUGCACUCCACAACAUCCAUCACUUCCCUCUUUUCCUUCACCAGUCCAGCUGUGAAAAGGCUGCUGGGCUGGAAACAAGGAGAUGAGGAGGAAAAGUGGGCGGAAAAGGCUGUUGAUUCCCUUGUAAAGAAGCUCAAGAAGAAAAAAGGGGCCAUGGAAGAGCUGGAAAAGGCUCUGAGCUGUCCUGGCCAGCCCAGUAAAUGUGUGACCAUCCCUCGAUCCCUGGACGGAAGGCUCCAGGUGUCCCAUCGUAAAGGUCUGCCACACGUUAUCUACUGCAGAGUGUGGCGCUGGCCGGAUCUUCAGUCCCACCAUGAGCUCAAAGCGCUGGAUUGCUGCGAGUUUCCUUUCGGCUCCAAGCAGAAGGAGAUCUGCAUCAAUCCAUAUCAUUACCGCCGUGUGGAGACGCCAGUUCUACCCCCAGUCCUUGUGCCUCGUCACAGUGAGUUCAACCCCCAGCACAGUUUGUUGGCAAAAUUCCGGAAUGCUUCCCUACACAACGAGCCUCUCAUGCCCCAAAAUGCCACUUACCCAGACUCCUUCCCUGCUAUGCCCUGUAGCUCGUUUUCUUCAUCUCCCUCCAGCUCUUUAAACCAGUCCCCCGCUGCACACAGCUACCCAAACUCCCCCAGCAGUGGAACUGACCCUGGGAGCCCCUACCAAAUCACAGCAGAGACGCCUCCUCCACCCUACAGUGUGAUGGAGACCACUCCGUCUGAGGAUGUGAAACCAGGAGAGUCCUCCAACCCCAAUAAACUCAUUCUGUCAGCCCCCCACAGAGGCCUCACUGAGACAUCGAAUUUUAUGAAAAAUAUCUUAAUUUGUGUUCUGAAGAUGAACGAAGGUCUUACGGGUGUGGAAAGACAUGAGGACUUGAGGCCAGUGUGUUAUGAGGAACCAGAAUACUGGUGUUCAGUGGCGUAUUACGAACUGAACAACAGGGUGGGUGAGACAUUCCACGCCUCUUCCCGAAGCAUCCUCGUGGACGGCUUCACAGAUCCCUCCAACAACAAGAACCGGUUCUGUCUCGGAUUACUAUCCAACGUCAACCGAAACUCUACCAUUGAACACACUCGCAGACACAUAGGCAAAGGUGUGCACUUGUAUUAUGUCGGAGGGGAGGUAUACGCAGAGUGUCUGAGUGACAGCAGUAUUUUCGUACAGAGUCGUAACUGUAACUACCAGCACGGUUUCCACCCCACCACCGUCUGCAAGAUCCCGAGUGGAUGCAGCCUCAAGAUCUUCAACAACCAGCUGUUUGCCCAGCUGCUGUCACAGUCGGUAAAUCACGGCUUCGAGGUGGUCUAUGAACUCACCAAGAUGUGCACCAUCAGGAUGAGUUUUGUCAAGGGCUGGGGAGCCGAGUACCACCGUCAGGAUGUCACCAGCACCCCCUGCUGGAUAGAAAUCCACCUGCAUGGGCCUCUGCAGUGGCUGGACAAAGUUCUGACCCAAAUGGGCUCCCCACACAAUCCCAUUUCCUCUGUAUCCUAAUGCAUUGCAGAACAAGGGGAAUAUAGUUUCCCAAUAGACUUUUAUAGCAACCCAAGACACAUAACACUCUAUCUCUGUCUUUUCAGUGGAUGUUUAUGGUACCGGUAUAGGAUCAGCAAGGAAGUAUCAUGCGGUUAAAUAAGCAGCUGUGUGGUUAGAUAAGUGUUGCAUUGUUUUUAAUGAAAAAAUUAAAAAAACUCUGCUAUUUCACAGCAUGUACUAGCUGAGAUCAAUUCAGAUAGAAUCUCUCUAAUAGGAAGCCAAAGAAAUAUGUUAGUAGGCAGGUACUUGUUCUGGCAAUGUUUUAUUUGUGUCAUAUAACAUUGUGCCUUCUAUAACAUUUCAUGUUGCUGUUGUUGUUGUUUUCACCUGCAUUAGCUUUCUUGUUUUUGUAAUACAAAAAACUCUAUCUGUUCUA